GAUCAACGUAGGUAUCAAAUCUGCGUGGGUCAAUCAAAUUUCAAAAGAUUUGAAAUUUCGAUGCUUCCUUCUGCCGUUAGCGUGUUAGACUCCUAAGGAGGCAAUUAUCGAAUUUGGCCCGAAUGCAAUAAUAAAAAUAGAUCUGGACACUUUUUCCAGGAGGACAUUUUGCACCGUUACACCGGCCAUUCGUAGAAAAUUUGUACGCCAGGUAUAGUAGAGACUGUUAUCAGAUGGGAAGUCGAGCAGUGUGAUUCUGCCGAGAUAGCCGAUCGGGAGUACUCGAGCAUUGAUGCAAGUCUGCCUGAAAACUCUAUUGGCUCACUUUAAGUAUUGGCAAGACGGGCGUGAAUAGAAUAAACGAGAUCAUGAAACUACGAUGUUCGUCUGAACAAAGCCUUUGAAAUAAUAUCUUCCAGCCUGCCCUUAUAAAUCAAAGGUUUACAUCAAUGGAUAUUUAUAUAAGACUUCGGUGCGCUCUUUGGAUGUUUUCUCAGUUUUCAUCUCACUUUAGUAAACACGAUAUGUUAUCGAACGUGGCAUUAUUAAUGCAUUUCUAGCGUUGUGGUGAUCGACAUUUUUAGACUCGAGCGAAUUGUUAUUGAUUUGUUUGGACAUCUCGCGCCAGGGAGACAUUUCCAGCAGCAGACGAUCAGAUUCAUAUAAAAGGCGGAAUCCAGAACAUGCGACACGACGGCUGCUGGUGCAUGGCCUGCUGCGUUCCUGCAUUCAUAUGACAGUGGAGUUUCAAUUCGUAAGGAAUACGGGCGCAUAUGCACAAUCUUGUUCGAAUAUUACAUGACAACUGUAUAAGAUGGAUACCUAGACACAAUUCGACUGAUGGACGAAACAGACUUUCUCGAAAUUUUAGCUUAACUUAACUGCCAUGCACAUAUCAGGUCGUGUGGUCAUAGUUAUCCUCAGCAUUGUCAUCGUCUGCCUCGUGGUCUGUUGCCUAAUUCUUGCCGCGUUCUUCGCAAACACCGCGGUCCUGAUCAAACAGGAGGUCUUGGCGUCAAAGUGUCAUACAGCACAGUGUCUUAAGGAUGCUGGGCGAAUAUUAGGGAAUUUAAACCUGACUAUCAACCCCUGUGACGACUUCUACGCAUUUGCGUGCUCAGGAUGGGUAAAGGAGAACAAAAGUGGCGACAACCAACGAAACCGUGUUUCAAAACCAUAUUUGGAUGUACUAGAAAGGGCAAGGCGGAUUUUAGAGCGACCGGCGUCGGAUGAUUUUUUGAGAUUGAAUUCCACGGAGCGAAAGAUGAAGGAUUAUUAUAGGUCGUGUGUCGAUGACAGGGAAACGGAGGUGGAGAAAAUGGGGAGUUUGAAGAAGAUGCUGUGGUUGUUGGGAGGAUGGGGAAACAAGCCGGGAGAAGUGGAUUUUUCCAACUGGUUACCGACGCGAUUUGAAGUGAACACAGCCUUGGCCACUUCACGUUUCGUCCUCGGCACGCCAGCCUUCUUCUACGUUUAUGUCGAUGUCGAUGCUGGCAACAACGAUAUUCCAUUCAUAAAACUUGAAGAAAUCUCCGUCCAUGACUGUCAGAUGUACAACAAGAGAUACAGAACAUACCUGAGGAACAUUGCCAAUCACUUCGGUCCAAAGAGAACGGUGGAGGAAUUUGUGGAUGGAAUAUUCUCAAUCUAUAUGAGAUUAUGCCAGCUUGAUUAUGAUAAACUUGAUAGUACCAACCGAAUGCGUGAGAUGACGAUGGCCGAAGUACAGCAACAUCUGGACGCAAGAGAGGUACACUGGGAACAUUAUUUCAACUUUCGCUACAGAUUCGAUGAGAAGACCAAGUUUGUGUUCGUUCAUGGCAACAUGACAUUGAGAUAUUUGAAGGUGGUCGACGUCAUUGCAACAGAGAUGUCUCACAGCGCAAUCCGAGAUUUCCUAGCCCUGAGAUUCAUGGAACAGAAUAUCUUUGCGAUGCCAAAGUUGAUCCAAGAUGAAUACAAUGAUCUUAAUAGGGACUUCAACCAAGCAACAAAAUGUGAUAUCAGGAACACCUGUCCAGAGAGAGAUUGGAAACAUUGUAUUAUCUAUCACCUUGAUGACGUCAUGGGUCUAGCUCUAAUGGCUGCCUUGGACGAUGACCUUGAACAUCCUGUGAUUGGGAAUAUGAAGGUUAAACGGAUUGCAGACGCUGUCAAGCAAGCUGUGUUACGACGUGUCGACAAUCUAGAUUGGGUGCCUCGACCUGUCAAGAAGAUCAUACAGGAACAGAUUGUUACAGAUGUAGCUUUAUUAGGUGGGCCAAAAUGGAUAAAAAACAAGAGCAAGUUAGAUUUAUUCUACGAGAAGCUCACGGUAUCGAAUACCUCGUUCCUCGAGAAUUACCUGCGUGGAGAGGGAUUUAAGGACAUGGUUGAAGCCAAGAUGUUAGAAAUGAAGGACCAGGCUGCUGAAUUCAACCUAAACUUUAGGUACAGGCGGGCAUUGAUGACCAAACCUCAUGAUCUUGAGAAUGGCAACAUAGGUAUUGUACUUGGGUUUAUAGAAGAGCCGUUCUUUCAUCAGAAGUCAGAAGGGUUUGUAAACUACGCGGGUGUAGGGAACAUCAUUGGCCAUCAUUACGGUCAUGGCUUUGAUGGACGAGCUCUCUCGAAGCUGGUCUCCAUGAAUAUCAUUCCGGGAUUCAAGAACAGAAUCGAUUGUGCUACGCAGUACAUGAAGAGUUUAGCAUACAGAGGGGAGGAUCUGAGUAAUAUUACCUUCCAAGGGUACGACAUGCUGGUCCGACGGCUAGUGGCAGAUAUUACGGGGAUAAAGUUUUCAUUUGAGGCAUAUACAGACGCCGCUAGAAAUGGUGAGAUUGGUGACCGCAUGUUGCCAGGACUGUCAUAUUCUUCAGAACAGCUUUUCUUUAUCCAACUCACACAGGGAUGGUGCAUGAAAGGAAAUCCAUCGUCGGACUUGGUCACCCCGGGCUUCAGAAUUACAUCAGCCCUCUCACAAUCGGAAUACCUGGCCAAUGUGUUCAACUGUCCAAAAGGUUCGGCCAUGAAUCCACGAAGGCAAUGUGAUGUCUGGUGAUGGAUAACAUUUGUCUGGUGACAGGUAACAUCAGGCAUUCGCUGUUCGAAGAUCUAGCAAGCAUCAGUGUUCAGCUAACCGAAAGGUUCGGCCAUGAUUCAGCGAAGGCAGUAAUGUGACGUUUGGUGAAGACACCAACAACGCCAAUGACUGCACAGUCUGCCAAACAAAUCAGUUUAGGUUUCAGGACAGCUAGUGUACUUUAUGCCGAAACCAAUCAUUGAUUUCUUGAGAAUGGGCAAGGAGCAUUGAGUAUUUUAAAAGAAGAAGGUGAAGCCGAGAAAAACGCUAACUACAGUAGUAUUGCGCAGAUGCUAGUCUAUCCAGAUAUGAUAUUUCGGGCUGGCGUACCGUGUAUAGGUGAUUCGAUGUUUCGACGUUUGUAUUUAUUGUCAGUCUUGGAAAAUAGGUGAUAUUUGACAUGUCUGAUGCCGCAGGUGCUUCCUCUUCUUGUACUUGGACGCGUUCAUCAUAUUGCCCAUUGUGCCCAAAGUCUUUGACCAGGAGGGGGGAGUCAGUCGAAAUCUAUUCAUGGGUCUCACUGUGGUGUAGACAUCAGGAACAAGGAACAAUGGACUGAUAUCAUCACAUUUGUACGAACAUUGUGCACACCUUGACCAAAACGACCUUCCAUGGGCACUGAUCUGGGCUUCCACGAUGUCUAUGCAAAUUGUUUGAUGUAAAUGUUAGUUGUGUUCAUUUGGUUAAUUAAAGACUCUGACAAGAAAGAAACCGAAG